UCCGCCGUGACGUCACAGCUGCCUGCUGUCAUGGCGACGUCCUGUGUGCGCACCGUGGGAGCUUUUCUCGGGAAAUGUGGGAAUUGCAGCGCGAAUUUUAACACCGUGACGUCGCAGUUGAGCCGACAGGUCCUGAGCAGGCAGAUAUGUGUGAGCUCUACCCUCCACAGAAAGAACCUGGCGGCUGCAGGGCCGGAAAAAUUCACCCUGGAGUUCAUCCAGAAGCAGGUGGAGGAGUACAACGUGGGGAAACGACACCUAGCUAACAUGAUGGGAGAAGACCCCGAGAACUUCACCCAGGAGGACAUAGAUAGGAGCAUCACCUACCUCUUCCCCUCCGGCCUGUUUGAGAAGAGAGCGCGGCCCCUCAUGAAGCAUCCUGAGGAAAUCUUCCCGAAGCAGACAGCCGUGCAGUGGGGAGAGGACGGUCGGCCGUUCCACUCUCUCUUCUACACGGGCAAGCAGUCCUACUACUCCCUGAUGCAUGAAAUAUACGGCAAAAUCCUGAGCAUAGAGAAGUACCAGGAUCGUCUGAGAGCAAAGGGACUCUUCAGCCAGGACGUCAAGCACAUCUCUUUUGGAACGAGUCGAUGGCUCACAAAGGAGGAACUAGAAUCUCUGCUGGUGGAGACCAUCUCCCCUCAUGAUUACGACCGCCUCGUUAAGCUGAUGGAGCGGCUGCUAUCGAUGCCGUACUGCGCCACAGAGGAGGAGUUCGUCCUGCGUUACCGACGGCAACUGGAGGCUCAGUCCAGGAAGCAAAUGGUGCCGCCCCUGGAGAAGGAUGAAAGAGGCGUGGCCUUCAGCACAGCAGAGGGCCGGAGAAAAACAUCAGAGUCGUCUGUUGUUCUACGAGACUGUGGCUCAGGACGAGUCAGCAUCAACGGUCAGGAUUACCUGCACUACCUCACCGUCCUCCAGGACAGAGAGCAGCUGAUGUUCCCGCUGCAGUUCAUGGGAAUGCUGGGACGCUUCGACCUGGAGUGCAGCGUCAGCGGAGGAGGACGGUCGAGCCAGGCGGGGGCGCUGCGGCUCGCCGUGGCCAGAGCGAUGUGCAGCUUCCUGUCGGAGGGAGAGGUGGAGACCAUGAGACAAGCUGGUUUGCUGACUCCAGACCCCAGAGUGAGGGAGAGGAAGAAGCCGGGCCAGGAGGGCGCACGAAAGAAAUUCACCUGGAAGAAACGCUGAACAGGAAAAAUGGUGUCACCUGAACUCAGACGUGAAACAUGACUGACACUUGGAGUCCAUCUGAGCAGAUUCCUCGCCUUUGUCUUUUACGCCACGCCGCUUCUGUCCUCAUCCGUAUAUUUAUAAUCUUACAAGAACAAAGUCGUGCUUUACAGGUGGAGCUGACUCUACAGGCUGCAGUGAGCCUGUUUGGCCAGCAGAGGGCAGUGUGUGCAGAUGAAGUUGAAUAUAUUUAUGUGUAUUAAACAUUAAAAUGACUUUUUGAC